UUUGAGCAUUAGAAUUAGAACUAGAAGUGGUGGCAGUACCUGAAUUCGAAGCAUGCUCUCUGUUACAUUUUCAAUGUCUCCUACAGCAGUCAUGCCUGCAAAGGCCCCCCUAGCCUUCUCCCAACACAUUGUUCCUUCCGGUAAGGUUCUUUAUCCGGUAACAUUCACGGGCGCUUCAUCUUCACGCGCUCCUCUCAAGUGGAGGUGUUCUUCAUUUCCAAGCUCUUAUGCUGUUGAAGAAGAAACAAAGUUUAUAGAAGCUUCAAAGAAUGGGAACUUGAUUCCACUCUGUCAGUGUAUAUUCUCUGACCAGCUUACUCCUGUUCUUGCUUACCGAAUUUUAGUCAAGGAAGAUGAUCGAGAGGGUCCAAGUUUUCUUUUUGAGUCUGCAGAGCCUAGCUAUCAUGCUUCAAGUGUUGGACGCUAUAGUGUUGUGGGAGCUAACCCAACCAUGGAAGUUGUGGCCAAAGAAAAUAAGGUUACCAUAAUUGACCAUGAAUCUGGAAAUUUAAUAGAGAAAAAUGUUGAUGAUCCUAUAAUGGUUCCGAAAAAAAUCUCAGAGGGCUGGAAACCCUGUCUCAUUGAUAAACUUCCGGAUGCAUUCUGUGGUGGCUGGGCUGGCUAUUUCUCUUAUGACACAGUUCGUUAUGUGGAAAAGAAAAAGUUACCAUUCUCAAAUGCUCCAAAGGAUGAUAGAAACCUUGCUGACAUGCAUCUUGGUUUAUAUGAGAGUGUGAUUGUAUUUGACCAUGUGGAAAAGAAAGCAUAUGUGAUUCUUUGGGUAAGAACUGAUAGGUACUCCUCAGUUGAGAGGGCCUAUAAGGAUGGAACUGAACAAUUAGAAAAAUUGGUGGCCAAAUUACAACAUGGCCAACCUCCAAGAUUGGCUCCAGGCUCUGUGGAUUUACAGACUCACCAUUUUGGUCCAGAAUUAAAGAGGUCAAGCAUGACUAAAGAAGCAUACAAGGAGGCAGUACUUCAGGCAAAAGAGCAUAUUAAAGCAGGGGAUAUUUUCCAGAUUGUGUUAAGUCAGAGAUUUGAGCGAAGAACAUUUGCCGAUCCAUUUGAAGUUUAUAGAGCAUUGAGAGUGGUGAACCCAAGUCCAUAUAUGGCCUAUUUGCAGGCCAGGGGAUGUAUUUUAGUUGCUUCAAGUCCAGAAAUUCUUACGCGUAUAAAGAAGAAUAAGAUUGUGAACCGUCCAUUGGCUGGGACAGCUAGAAGGGGAAAAACACCGGAAGAAGAUGCAAAGUUAGAAUCAUUACUUCUGAAAGAUGAAAAACAAUGUGCUGAGCAUGUCAUGUUGGUCGAUUUGGGACGCAAUGAUGUUGGAAAGGUUGCGAAAAGUGGUUCUGUGAAAGUGGAGCAACUUAUGAAUAUCGAACGAUACUCCCAUGUGAUGCACAUAAGCUCAACGGUAAGUGGAGAGUUGCAAGAGCAUUUGAGUAGCUGGGAUGCCCUGCGUAGUGCAUUGCCAGUGGGAACUGUGAGUGGAGCACCAAAGGUGAAGGCGAUGGAGUUGAUUGAUGAGUUGGAGGUGACAAGAAGAGGGCCUUACAGCGGAGGAUUUGGAUACAUAUGUUUCUCCGGCGAGAUGGAUGUGGCUCUUGCUCUGAGGACAAUGGUAUUUCCGACAGGAACAAGGUAUGACACAAUGUACUCAUACAAAGAUCUCAACCAGCGGCGCGAGUGGAUUGCUUACCUUCAAGCUGGUGCUGGUAUAGUUGCUGACAGUGUUCCUGAAGAUGAACACCAAGAGUGUCAAAACAAAGCUGCUGCUCUUGCUCGUGCCAUUGACUUGGCUGAGUCCUCAUUUGUUGAUAAUAAUUAAUCACUGCUUCUUUGCAUACAAACUUAUGGACCUUACCAAUACACUACUCUGUCGCAAAAAUUAAAUUAUGCAUUUUAACU